GCGCGAACUCUAAGUGCCGGAGUGCCUGGGCCCGCGCGCGGCUAGUGACUGUGCAGGUCACCGGGCCCCGCGGCGACCCCAGCGGACCUGGACACCUUUAUCACCCCGCCAUGGAGACCUCAGCGCAGCAGGAGCAGCAGCAGCCUGUGGCGGCCAAGAUCAGAAACCUGCCCUGGGUUGAAAAAUACCGGCCACAGACACUGAACGAUCUGAUUUCUCAUCAGGACAUUCUGAGUACCAUUCAGAAAUUUAUUAGUGAAGACCGCCUGCCGCACCUGCUUCUCUAUGGUCCUCCAGGGACAGGAAAGACCUCCACCAUCCUGGCCUGUGCAAAACAGCUGUACAAAGAUAAGGAAUUUGGCUCCAUGGUCUUGGAGCUGAAUGCUUCAGAUGACCGAGGAAUAGAUAUCGUUCGCGGACCCAUCCUGAGCUUUGCUAGCACAAGGACAAUAUUUAAGAAAGGCUUCAAACUAGUGAUCCUGGAUGAAGCGGACGCCAUGACGCAGGAUGCCCAGAACGCCUUGAGGAGAGUGAUUGAGAAAUUCACGGAAAAUACCAGAUUCUGCCUCAUCUGUAACUACCUGUCAAAGAUCAUCCCCGCCCUGCAGUCCCGGUGUACAAGGUUCCGAUUCGGCCCCCUGACUCCUGAACUCAUGGUCCCCCGCCUGGAACACGUCAUAGAAGAAGAGAAAGUGGACCUGAGUGAGGACGGGAUGAAAGCACUUGUGACCCUUUCCAGCGGAGACAUGCGAAGGGCUCUGAACAUUCUGCAGAGCACCAACAUGGCCUUCGGGAAGGUGACGGAGGAGACGGUCUACACGUGCACCGGGCACCCCCUCAAGUCCGACAUUGCCAACAUUCUGGAUUGGAUGUUGAAUCAAGACUUCACCACGGCCUACAGAAAUAUUAUGGAGUUGAAGACGCUGAAGGGGUUGGCGCUCCAUGACAUCCUGACCGAGAUCCACCUGUUCGUGCACAGAGUUGACUUUCCAUCUUCAGUUCGAGUGCAUUUAUUGGCCAAAAUGGCAGACAUAGAGUACAGACUCUCUGUAGGCACCAACGAGAAGAUUCAGCUGAGUUCCCUCAUUGCUGCUUUCCAGGUCACCAGGGACCUGAUUGUCACAGAGGCCUGAACACCGAGCCUGUUCGCAGCGAUUCGCGGGCCUCGCAGACACCAGCCGGUGGGACUGAAUUAACAGCUGGGCACGAACGCCACGACCGCCCCAAGCUUUGGGAAACUCUGUUCCCGGCGUGGUUGGGCCAAGGUUCAGAAAGUAGCGUUUGAGGCCGGGCAGAGCAGGUAAAGAACAGUUGGAACGCCCAGCUCUCUGCUACACUGCCCACUUGUGUUUUAUAGGGAAAAAGAAAGCGCAAUGAGCUUUUUGGGGGUUUUUUUCUUUUGUUUUUUAAAGCCUUAAGGCUUUCACCUUUCAGUUGCUUGGAAGGCAGGAAAUCGGCCUGCUCCAUUUUGGUCUAGAACCUAGGGUUUCCCAACCGCCCGUGGGGCAGCGUCUUCUAACUCCAGGUGAACAGAGGAGCCCCAUGUGGAAGUGCACAGAUCUCAAUGGGGGCGCGGUCUCCGGAUCUGCUCUGAGUAGGUGUCAAAGAAGAAAAAGAGAUGUGCAUCGAUUUCUGGCCCAAACUGCUGUACUCUUAUAAAUGGGCUCAGCUGUCUUACUUUAAAAUUGUCUUUUUAUUUCUCCUCUACUAGCACAUUCCUAAUUGUGGCAGGGACAGCAGGGGUAGGGACCUGGGCUUCUGUCAGUGUGGGCGGGGCAGGUGCGCUGGGGCUGGGCUCCAAACCCACCCCCCAACCACCACCAAUGCGGGAAGGACAGGGCCCCGCGGACAGGGUGGCAGUCGCUCUUGCAGCAAACAGGCUGCCUUUGUUGAUAACAUUCUUUUCGGUAAAAAUAAAGCAGCUUGCAUGCUGGC